AGACAGAGGCACGACAGACGGAGGCACGACAGACGGAGGCACGACAGACGGAGGCACAACAGACAGAGGCACGACAGACAGAGGCACGACAGACGGAGGCACAACAGACGGAGGCACGACAGCACAAAAGUGAGCAUCAUUUACGAUGGAGUCAGACGGUGAAGACUGGAUGAGCACAGCCUCAGCAGCUCAAACUGAAGAUUCUGACGGCAGUGACCAUCAGUCCACGUCGUCCAAGAGACAAACCAGUUUUUCGGUGCAGGUUCAGGUGGAAACUCCGGGCUUUAAAGUCCAGGUGCAGGUGCGAGCUCCAGCCUCUGACGUCAAAGUCAAGUCCCCACCGUCUGGGGUCAAAGUUCAGGAGGAAAGUCAACGAAAAACAGAGGAGCCACAGAAAUCAGUUCAACUAAACAAGAAGGGCCCAGUGAUCACCUUAAAGGAUGACAAUGUGACUGUCUUGGCUGGACCUGAGAAGAGCCCUGUACAAGUGGAGAUCAACAUAAACUCUGAUCAACAAGGACAAACAGAGAUACUGGAAGACACUGUCGAUUCAGCUGAUGAAAAGGACACUCUCAUGCAGCGAAUCCAAGCACUGUUGGACAGACUGCACCUGAAGGACAGAUUUGAGCAUAAACUGACCUCUGCAGAGUUUCUUCAGAUCGGUCCUGCUCUGAAACAUGACCACGACUUAUCGGAGAGCGACCUCUCCUCUGUUUACCUGCACAAACUGCUGAUGUUAGACUACAGGGCGAGGUAUAUUUGGGUUAGGGAUCAAAAUGAUGAUAUUAGCACAGAGGUGUUAGGCAGCAGUUCACCAGAAUAUAACAACAUCCACCCUAUGGACCUCCAGAUGGCAGUGUUCCACUGCUCAGACAGUUUUCUAAAGCAGACGCUGGUCACAAAGCUGUCCCAGUGUCAGUACGCCUUACCUCUGCUGGUGCCUGACCCUUUCACUGAGGGCAUUGAGUGUCCUCUGUGGACACUCAGACAGAUUAAGAAAACAUGGAGAAAAACUCAGGCUGAAGACAAUUCAAAAGUGACCAUCCCCAUCUGCACCGCACAGACCCCGAUGGUGUUUUGUUUCCGUUUGGGAUCUCUGUCUGCCUCCAAAUCUCAGCUCAUCAACACUUUGAUUAAUGACAGCCACAGUACCUUCUACCACAGAAACUGUCCUGGCAGCACCAAAAGUCGCCUUCUGUUUGACGGUGUAGCAGAGAUCGCCUGGUACUGCCCUGCUGGAAAACCCAACGACACCUUCACCGAGUGUGUGGCCUUCUGCAACCUUCACGGAGAUGGUCUGACUCAUGACAAACAGCUGAAGAUACUGAUGGACAAGUCAUCCGUCAAUGUAGUUUUUGUCCCGACACUGAGAAAAGACCAUGUGAGUUCUGACGUCAUGUCUGUCCUUCUGGAGUCCCCCAAACCGCUCAUUGUUCUGCAUGAAGACAGCAGCAGUACAAUUAAAGUCAAAAACGGAAAAUACAAAGUUGGUAUUAAAGACAGAGGCCAGUCAGAUGUUUCUGAGGAGCUGAAAAGUUUCCUCGGAGACAUUUUAUCUGGUCCAUGUGAGUCCUUUCAGCUCGAGUCAAUAUCCAACACUGGAAUCCGAGUGGAUGAACAGGAUCCCUGCUGCUCAAAAGGUUUGUCUGCUGCCAGGGAAGUAAUGAAUACAAUUCAAACGGUAGAUGUGACCACAAUAAAAAGCAGUCUUUUUCCCCGUCAAGGUAGACUGUUACAGGAGUGGUGCAGAAUAAACAAAGAACAGUAUUGUCUCCAAGGAGAUAUUGAGAAAGAAAGAUGUAAAAAACAAAAUGAGCUACAGAAGCUCCGAGAAAAUCAGUGCAACGCUUCCACUGAUGACCUGAUGGACACGUUUGUCAGACAUCUCGCGUCUCUGUCUCCAACAGAGAGAGAGUAUUACCUCACAUGGACACAGAUCUUAAUGGACGCUCAUGCCACAGAAAAUCUUUCAUCAAUUCAACAAAGCUAUGAGCAGAAGUUGGCGGAGGUCUUGGCCCUGAAGAAAAAAGCUGACAAAUCUUCAGAGCUAAAAUCCAAACUAGCAGAACUUGAACAAAUAGCUUCCAAACUUCAGUCAGCGACAUGUGGCCUAGAGCACAUCUUUAGAGAAAUGGAACAGAUUUAUGAAGCCCACAAGUCUCUAAACAAACAGCCAAAGAAGGAGCAGCCAGACUGGUCUAAAUACCCUGAGCUGGCUGCAGAGCUGAUGAUAUCAGGACAUCCAAUGGAGCUGAUGGAUGGAGAUGCAGGCCACAUCCCUUUAAUUUGGAUCUCAAGUCUCAUUGAUCAGCUCAUCCACAAACUGGGGGACAAGAGGGUGUUUGUUUUGUCAGUUUUGGGCGUACAGGGCAGUGGGAAGACAACCAUGCUAAACGCCAUGUUUGGUCUCCAGUUUGCAGUCAGUGCAGGCAGAUGCACCAGAGGAGCCUUCAUGCAGCUGGUCAAACUGUCAGAGGACAUCAGGAGAGAUUUUCAGUGGGACUACAUCCUCGUGGUGGAUACUGAGGGGCUGCAAGCUCUAGAGUUAGAAGGAACUGUUCAACGCGACAAUGAAUUAGCAACAUUUGCGGUUGGUGUGGGAAACAUGACUCUGGUGAAUAUCUUUGGAGAAAACCCCUCUGAGAUGCAAGAUGUUCUGCAGAUUGUGGUUCAGGCUUUCAUGAGGAUGAAGAAAGUCAAGCUCUCACCAAGCUGUGUGUUUGUUCACAGGAACAUGACAGAUGUUGGUGCUGCAGAGAAAAACAUGGAUAGGAAAAAGAAACUGAAAGAAACACUUGACCAAAUUGUCAAACUAGCUGCCAGCGCAGAGCUUUGUAAUGCUGCAAGUUUCAGUGACAUCAUUGAGUUUGAUGCUGAAAAAGAUGUGAAGUACUUUGCUAAAUUGUGGGAGGGAAAUUCUCCGAUGGCCCCUCCAAAUCCAGACUACAGCGUAAGUGUCCAAGAGCUGAAGAGCUUCAUCCUCUCCAAAGCAUCACAGUCUUCAGGAGUCACUCUCUCCGAGUUCAAAACUAAAGUGCAAGAUCUCUGGAAUGCUCUGUUAAAUGAAAAUUUUGUUUUCAGCUUCAAAAAUACCAUCGAGAUCUCUGCUUACAGAAAACUUGAGGUUGAUUUUGGAAACUGGACCUGGGCCCUGAGGAAUGAAAUGCUCAACGUUGAAAAACAGCUUCACACAAGAAUUGAAAAUGGGACAGUUCACAAAAUUGAUCAUGCUUUUCUUUACGGGCAAAUUAGUAGGAAAUAUGAGGAAAUAAAAACUGCCAUAGCCCAAUACUUUGACAGAAAAGAACAAAAAGACCUUUUGGCUCAAUGGAAAAACCAACACGAGCAAAAGAUUAAAGAUUUUUGUGAUGACAUGGUCAGAAGAACACAGAGAAAUCUGAAUGAUAUUCUUGAAGAGAAGAAAAGGAAGGACCAGCUAAAUGAGAAGAAGAUGACAACAGAGGAACAGUUACUUAAAAAAUGCCAGGAACUUGCUCAGCAACUGAAAAGAGACAUGAAAGACGAAGAUUUAGAAAAACAGUUCAACUCUGUUUGGCAAAAGCAUGUUCCUGAACUGGAGGAACACGUAAAACAUGUUAAAAAAAUAAACUUGGUGCACGAUCAAACUGAGGUUCUUCAAGAAGUUGGCAUUGAGUCAUCUUUAAUUAUCACACGUAAAAACUCAGAAUCCUACAAGAAUCUGUCAAAAGUUGAAGAUUACUCAGCUUAUGUUGAGCAGAAAGACAAUCCUACAACAAAAGAACACAUCACAAAGUUCAUCUGCACAGUGGAAGAAGAAGCUGUAGAGGAAAUAAAGAGCAAACCUGUGGCAACAAAAGGCUACAGCACAAACUACCUGAGAGAAAUGGCUCAACAUGUCAACACAAGUGUGGAGGAUUUUCAAACACAGUGGAAAUACUCUCUGAAGCAGGAGUUCACUGUAGAUCUCACUCUGUACGUCUUUGAAAGGACGGAGAUAUGGAUUUCUGAGGAACAUGAGAAGUUUGUGAAGACCGAAAUAGACAAGUAUUUGGAACAAAACAAACAUGAACAUUACACUGUUUUCUCAAACUUCUGCAAAGGAGAAUCCUCAGAGGUCGUUUUUGCGGAGUUGAUCUGUGAGAAACUGAAGCCCUCCAUGACUGAGACAGUGUGUAACAGAACUGCCAUUGACAUUGCUCAAGUGAUGAGGAACAGUUAUCCUGCGUUUAAUGAGAGCAGGGUGAACCUAGAGAAACAUGUGCUGAAAUCUCUGGCAGAGAAAGGAGAGUUUAAAAGAUACGUGAGCUACAUAGAGAACCCAAAGACCUACAUCGAAACCUUCAUCAAAGAAGAAGUGCAGGAAUAUAUCCACCGGGAGAAGAAUGUUCAGCUUCUGAAGAAAAAUGUUGAUGAGAUCAAAAAUCAUGUGAUCACAGCUUUAAAUAAGGCUACUGAAAAAGUGAAAGAAGGAGACGUAGAGGCGGGGCUGCAAGAGUUUCACAGUUUGCUGAGAGAAAACCUCAAUUUUGGCCAAAUUCCAAUUAAAAAUUUUAGAGAUGUGAAAAUAUUUAGCGUUCUUAAAGAAGCCAUAGAGAAAAAUCUUGGUCCCAUCACUGACGACCUCAAAAACCUCCCACUGGUUAAAAUGAACGAGUUCCGGCUGCAGCCAGACCAAAUCCUGAUUGAUCAGCUUUGUAACUGCUGCUGGGAAAAAUGCCCCUUCUGUGCUGCUGUUUGCACCAACACAAUCAAAGAUCACCGUCCUGACAAACACAGCGUGCUCUUUCAUCGCCCCUCUGGUAUUCACGGAUGGCGCAUUCGGGGUACAGUGGAAAUGGUCAUUGAUUUUUGCACAACAUUAGUCGCCAGUGAUAGAAGAUUCUAUCCUCAGGCCUCCUCACAGGUGCCCAUUCCUUACAAAAUACACCAAAGUGCUGGCGGGAAAUACGCUGAAUGGUCAAUCACUCCUGACGGAUCAAAGCUCGUCUACUGGAAAUGGUUUAUCUGUCAUUUUCAGAAGGAACUGGAGGAUUACCACAAAGUAAAAUGUGUGGGUCAAGGAGAAAUCCCAAGCGACUGGAGGAAGUACACUAAAGAGGAAGCGAUAGAGAGUCUGAAUGAAAUCUGCAUGUAG